UGAAAGACAAAGACAGAGUUUAUUGAAGGACAGUGAGAAGAUGAGUGAUCCAGAACCCUGCAGAAUUAAAGAGGAAGAGACUGAAGAACUAAUAGAUGUGAUUGUGAAGGAGGAGAGUGAAGAACUGAGUGAAGAUGAGGAGAAACAUCAUGUCAAGAGUGAAGAAGAAACUCAGUCAGACACUGAACAUGGUGUUUCAACGGACCAAACAGCUUCAAAUGCUUUGACCUGCAUUCAGUGUGGAAAGACUUUCGGGAGCAAAUACAAUCUGAAGAGUCACAUGAGGAUCCACACUGGAGAGAAGCCGUACAAGUGCUCACACUGCGAGAAGAGAUUCAGUCAUUCAGGACAAAAGAAAUCACACGAGAGGAUGCACACCGGAGAGAGACCGUAUCACUGCACCGCUUGUGGGAAGAGUUUCGCUUAUUUGAACUGUCUACAAAUACACACACAGAAAAUUCACGACCUGAUAGUGAAGAAGAAGAAGAAGCCGGGUGAAGAACUGAGUGAAGCCAUGAAGGACCACAAUAGUGCUGAUACGAAGAAGCCCAAUUCGUGCUCCUGGUGCGGAAAGAGUUUUACACUUCAACAAAAUUUAAGAAAACACGAGAGGGUUCACACUGGAGAGAGACCCUACAAGUGUUCACACUGCGACAAGAGAUUCAUUUACUUAGGAAAUAUGAAAAGACAUGAGAUGACCCACACCGGAGAGAAGCCAUACCAGUGUUCACACUGCGAGAUGAGAUUCAGUCUGUUGAAUAACAUGAAAAGACAUGAGCUGAUCCACACCGGAGAGAAGCCGUUCACGUGCACUCAGUGUCGGAAGACUUUCAGGCAAUCAUCCUCUCUUCAUCAACACAUGAAGAUCCACACUGGAGAUAGACCGUACAAAUGUGUUCAAUGCUGCAAAACCUUUUUUAAGGAUUCACAGCUGAAGAAACACCUCAGGGUUCAUGCAAACGAGCAGCCGUAUUCGUGCUUUGAGUGUGGAAAGAGUUUUGCACAUCAAAAACUUUUAACGAAACAUCAGAAGAUCCAUAAUAGUGUGAGAAAGUACGCCUGCUUUGCGUGCGAGAAGACUUUUAUUAAAGCUGGAGACUUGAAACGACACCACAGGAUCCACACUGGAGAGAAACCGUACAAGUGUUCACACUGCGACAAGAGAUUCAGUCAGUCAGGACAACUGAAAUUACAUGACCGGAUACACACUGGAGAGACAGCACACUAAUUCAGAGCUGAGGGACCAUCUUAGUGUUCAUACAAAUGAAAAUGCUUAAGAGUUUGAGCCCGCGAAAUUUGGUUGGAUGACGGAGAAAGAUAAAACAAGAUGCAGCACUACUAAGAGGUCACGUUUUGAUUCAUGUGACGCAAAUUUGCAGGUCAGAGUUCACAAAGCUUGAACUUUCCAAUACAGUUACAUGUUAAAUAUUCUGGUCUGGUGAUUGUGCAUGCUUAUGAAUAGAAGUCAUCACUGGGGUGAAAAAUGCAGUGUGACCACAACUUGUGUAUUGUUCAAAUGGACUCUUCUUUCGUUAUGUUCAUGGCUGCUUUUGCCCCGUUGACUUCUAUUAUAACAACAUUUUUCAGUUUGAAAGUCUUGACAGUAUAUAAUCAUGCUUUCUUGAUUGUUGGGGGUUUUCCCUGUAAGGAAGAAAUAAGAUUUCAGUUGGCAGCAUUAACCCUUUAGAUAGGCCUGUGCUUUUAUAUAGGUUUUUAUAUGGAGUACAUACCAAUCUGAGAUGUUACCAAACAUACCAAUCGUGCUUUGUUUUGAUUGGUACACUGUGGUCAUAAAGGGAUGGACAGGGUCAGUAACAACACUCAGGUAGGCUGUGGCAUUGCCACGAUGCUCAAUUGGUACUUUAAUAUGUGCUUUCAUGCUGUUGACACCAAAUUCUGAGCUGACCGUCCAAAUGUGGCAGCAGAAAUGGAGACUCAUCAGACCAGGCAACGUUUCUCCAAUCUUCUAUGGUCCAGUUUUGGUGAGCCUGUGUGAAUUGUAGCCUCAGUUUCCUGUUCUUAGCUGACAGGAGCGGCACCCGGUGUGGUCUUCUGCUGCUGUAGCCCAUCCGCCUCAAGGUUGGACGUGUUGUGUGUUCAGAGAUGCUCUUCUGCAGACCUCGGUUGUAUCGAGUGCUUAUUUGAGUUACUGUUGCCUUUCUAUCAGCUGGAACCAGUCUGGCCAUUCUCCUCUGACCUCUGGCAUCAACAAGGCAUUUGCACCCACAGAACUGCCGCUCACUGGAUAUUUUUCCCAUUCUCUGUAAAUCCUAGAGAUGGUUGUGCGUGACAAUCCCAGUAGAUCUGCAGUUUCUGAAAUACUCGGACCAGCCCGACCGACACCAACAACCAUGCCACGUUCAAAGUUACUUAAAUCCCCUUUCUUCCCCAUUCUGAUGCUCGCUUUGACCUGCAGCAGAUCGUCUUGACCAUGUCUACAUGCCUAAAUGCAUUGAGUUGCUGCCAUGUGAUUGGCUGAGCAGACAUUUGUGUUAACGAGCAGUUGGACAGGUGGCCGGUGAGUGUAUAUUCUAUAUAACUCCAUAUAAAAGCCAGAAACUGAUUAAUAAUUAUUGUUUUAUUAUUAUUUCCUUUUUCCAUAUUGUUAUAAUCUUAUGACUGUGUGGAGUCAAGCGAUACUUGUUUAUAUGAGUAAGAAAUAAGAAACUUGCUCCAUUUCUGCAUAACUCCAUGUGAACGCCAGAAGCUACAAUUUUUUUGCACUGCAACUGAUGAUCAGCAGCAAAAAUUACACAUUUGAUCUCUUCCCUACAGGGAAAACCACCAGCAAUCAAGAAUGCAUGAUGCUGUCACUCAAAAAAAUGUGAUUAUAAUGGAAGUCAAUGGGGCAAAUACAGCCACCAACAUAACGAAAGGGUAGUACUUUUGCUCACAGUGUAUUAAGUUUUUGACAUUUAUCAAAGCAUUUUCCCAAAAUAUGUGUCAAAAUAAAAUUUGUCACCAAAAAUUAUUCCAUUUGCUGUGACACAGAGAAAAUUGUGGCCAAAUUAAGACUCAAAAUCAGCCCACAGUGGAUGAAAAUCAUCCCCGACAGCACACAAGGGAUAAACAAAAUGUCUGAAAACUCUCAUUUGUCUUCACUAACAUCAGCUUUCACUGUUAAAUUUAUAUAUAUAUUAAUAAAUUACAAUUGUUUGUAAAUAAUAAAAGUUUCAA